AUGAGCGAGAGGAGUAUUAUAACAACUCAGAUCGAGGUGCUCGCUGACGACGACGAGUCUGCGUUAACUGAGCGUGAGGACUUUGAUCGCCAGUUCUUUAGCCUGGUGGCACUCACGCGCAGCCUGCUCGGCGUUUCGUUCAACGGUGCUGGGUCUGAGGCGGGCUUCAAAGAUGCUGACUCAGCUAUGGUGAACGUGAUCAGCGCGACCGGUAAGAAGUACGCAGCCCGUCUAUUGCUGGACAACGGUAGUACGGCGAAUUUUAUAACGCAAAGCUUAUCAGAGAAACUGGGUUUGUCACUAAGCGGUGCGAGCACCAAGAGGGGAAGUGAAGCCUGGAUCCCUGGUCCUCAUCAAGGA